UUGACAUUAUGAAAUGAAAUGUCGAUGGUGUUCGCAAAGUUUUGUUCAAAAGUAGAAUUUAAAAGUGUAUUUAUAGUGGAAGUACGUGAAAUUGUACACAGAAAUCGUCUAAAAUGUUGACUAAAUUCGAAACCAAAUCAGCCAGGGUGAAGGGUAUAUCGUUUCACGCGAAAAGACCAUGGGUUUUGGCCAGUCUUCACAAUGGUGUAAUACAACUUUGGGAUUAUCGUAUGUGUACAUUGCUUGAGAAAUUCGAUGAACACGAUGGCCCAGUGCGUGGUAUAUGCUUCCACAUCCAGCAGCCGCUGUUUGUGUCUGGCGGGGACGACUAUAAGAUAAAGGUUUGGAACUACAAGCAAAGGAGAUGCCUCUUCACACUCCUCGGCCAUUUGGACUAUAUCCGUGCUACAUACUUCCAUCACGAGUACCCAUGGAUCCUGAGUGCCUCUGAUGAUCAGACAAUAAGAAUAUGGAACUGGCAGUCUCGUCAAUGCAUCAGUGUCCUUACAGGCCAUAACCACUACGUUAUGUGUGCACAAUUCCAUCCCACCGAGGACCUCAUAGUCUCAGCUUCUUUGGACCAGUCGGUCCGAGUGUGGGACUUCUCUGGCCUGAGGAAAAAGAGCGUAGCCCCCGGCCCAGCAGGGUUAGCGGAGCACUUAAGGAAUCCUCAAGCGACUGAUUUGUUUGGACAGGCCGAUGCUGUGGUGAAACAUGUGUUGGAAGGCCAUGAUCGCGGUGUCAACUGGGCUUCCUUCCACCCUACGCUGCCUCUCAUAGUGUCCGGAGCUGAUGAUCGACAGGUCAAAUUGUGGAGGAUGAACGACGCUAAGGCGUGGGAAGUGGACACAUGCAGAGGCCACUACAACAACGUGUCGUGCGCGCUGUUCCACGCGCGCCACGAGCUCAUCCUGUCCAACAGCGAGGACCGCUCCAUCCGCGUGUGGGACAUGACCAAGCGCACAUGCCUGCACACCUUCCGCCGGGAGAACGACCGGUACUGGGUGCUAGCGGCGCACCCAACCCUGAACCUGUUCGCGGCCGGCCACGACGUGGGCAUGAUACUGUUCAAGCUGCAGCGCGAGCGACCGGCUUACGCUUUGCAUAACAACAUGCUGUUCUAUAUAAAGGACAGACAACUGCGCAAGCUAGACAUGUCGACCAAUCGCGAUGCGCCCAUUAUGCAGAUCAAAGGGGGCGGCCGCCACCAACCAUACAGUAUGUCGCUGAACCACGCGGAGUGGUGCGUGCUAGUGACGUGGCGCAUCGGCGACAGCAACACGUACGAGCUGUACUCGGCGCCGCGCGACGGCGAGGCGAGCACGGCGCCGCCCGAGCCGCUGCGCGGGCACGCCACCUCCGCCGUGUGGGUCGCGCGCAACCGGUUCGCCGCGCUCGAGAAGAACAACCAGCUGGUGAUAAAGAACUUGAAGAACGAGGUGUCAAAGAAGAUCGCGACGCCCACGUGCGAGGAGAUCAUGUACGCGGGCACCGGCAUGCUGCUGCUGCGCGAGCCCGAGUGCGUGCAGCUGCUGGACGUGCAGCAGAAGCGGACCAUUGCCAGCGUGAAAGUGUCAAAAUGCCGCUACGCGAUAUGGAACUCCGACAUGUCGCUAGUGGCCCUGCUGGCCAAGCACUCGGUGACUAUCUGCACCAAGAAGCUGGAACAGCUGUGCUCCAUCACCGAAGGUGCGCGGGUCAAGUCGGGAGCCUUCGACGACUCGACUCCUCAGCCAGUGUUCAUAUACACCACUGCCAACCAUAUCAAAUACUGCUGCAAGGAUGGCGACUACGGUAUAAUCCGCACGCUAGACGUGCCGGUGUACGCGGUGAAGGUGAUAGCGAGCGAGACCGGCGCGCGCGUGGUGUGCCUCGACCGCGAGGCGCGCCCCAAGGUGCUCAACAUCGACCCCACUGAGUACAGGUUCAAGCUAGCGCUGGUGACGCGCCAGUACGACCAGGUGCUGCAUAUGGUGCGCACCGCCAAACUCGUGGGCCAGAGCAUCAUCGCGUAUCUGCAGGAGAAGGGUUACCCGGAAGUGGCGCUACACUUCGUCAAGGACGCUCGCACGCGGCUGUCGCUGGCGCUGCAGUGUGGCAACAUCGAGGUGGCGCUAGAAGCUGCCAAGAGCCUCGACGAGCCCGCCGCCUGGGACAAGCUGGCCAAAGCCGCGCUGGCCACUGGCAACCAUCAGAUAGUAGAGAUGUGCUAUCAACGCACGAAGAACUUCGAGAAGCUGUCGUUCCUGUACCUCAUCACGGGAAACCUGGACAAGCUGCGCAAGAUGAUGAAGAUCGCGGAGAUCAGGAAGGACGUGUCCUCGCAGUUCCAGGGUGCGCUGCUGCUGGGCGACGUGAACGAGAGGAUCCGCCUCCUGAAGAAUGCUGGACAGCUCUCUCUCGCAUUCCUGACGGCCAUCACCCACAAGCAGCUGGACGAGGCGGAGCAGCUGCAGGCGGCGCUGGAGGCGGCCAACCUGCCCGUGCCGGCGCCCGACCCUCAGGCGGUGUUCGUGAGGGCGCCGCUGCCGGUGCAGAGGGCUCAGCCCAACUGGCCACUACUAGCCGUCUCCAAGAGUUUCUUCGAAGUGGCGGGCGGAGCUCGCACGGCGGCGGACGCUAGCGCGGUGGGUGCUGUGGCCGAUGUUGCGGGUGACGAGCCCUUGGAAGCGGCUGGUGCUUGGGGCGACGACGAUGAUGUGCUGCAGGAGAACAAGGAGGAAGGCGAAGGCGACGUGAUGGAAGACGCCUGCGAUGACGGCGGCUGGGACGUGGGUGAUGAGGACUUGGAACUGCCCGAGGAGUUGGCCCCAGUGCCCGCUGACAUAGACGGCGCGGAAGAGUCUUCGGAGUACUUCGUGGCGCCCACGCGUGGUGUGAGCCUGGCGCUCGGAGCCAAGCUCAAGACUGCCCACGACCACGUCGCCACUGGACAGUUUGAGAUCGCUUUCAGAUUAUUGAACGAACAAGUGGGCAUAGUGAACUUCGAGCCGUACCUGGAGACGUUCUUAAGCAUGUACUCGUCCGCGCGGCUCAUGUUCGGCGCGCUGCCGCAGGCGCCGCCCCUGGUCGCGCACCUGCACCGGAACUGGAAGGAGGCCAGCGGGAAGGACUUGCUACCUGUUUUGACGGCGAAGCUCAACGACCUGGUGGCCCAGCUCCAGCAGUGCUACCAGCUGACCACCGGCGGCAAGUUCACGGAGGCGACGGAGCGGCUGCGGCGCGCGGUGCGUCUGGUACCGCUCCUGCAGCUCGACUCCAAGCAGGAGCUCUCCGAGGCGCAGCAGCUGCUGGCCAUCUGCAAGGAGUACCUGCUGGGCUUGCAGAUGGAGACGGACAGGAAAGCCAUGCCCAAGAACACCCUCGACGAACAGAAACGCACAUGCGAAAUGGCCGCCUACUUCACCCACUGCAAGCUGCAGCCCGUUCACCAGAUCCUGACCCUCCGUACAGCACUCAACAUGUUCUUCAAGCUCAAAAACUACAGAACAGCCGCCUCCUUCGCCAGAAGACUCCUAGAACUCGGCCCGAGGCCAGAAGUGGCUCAGCAAGCGAGGAAGAUACUCCAAGCUUGUGAGAAAACGCCUACAGAUGAGCAUCAGCUGUUAUAUGAUGAACAUAAUCCGUUUAAUAUAUGUGGGAUUAGUUAUAAACCUAUAUAUAGAGGUAAACCUGAAGAGAAAUGUCCUUUGUGUAGCGCUAGCUUCCUACCAGAGCACAAAGGUAAGUUGUGCCCGAUUUGUGGUGUUGCCGAAAUUGGCAAAGAUGUAUUGGGACUGAGGAUCUGCGUGUUGCAGUUCCAGAGAUAAUUUUGUUACUGUGUAUUAUUAUUUGGAAUGUAUUCUAGGAUAUUAUAAAUAAAUGAAUUAUUAUUAUUGAUAAAUAAAUGAUAUAUGAUAUGGC